AUGGCAGAUCAAGUUGUGCCAGAGACGCCAAAUAUGGAUGAUGAGACGCAAGAAGAAACAGAAGUGAUACUACCACCACCACCAGCUAAACCAAAACUGCAGCCAAUAAUUGCACCUGACAUGUUUCCACCACCUGUUGUAUCAUGUCCCAAUCCACAAGAUUAUCCGACAUCGUAUAAUUCGAAUACAACAAAAGAACAACUGAUAUUAGUUUAUGUUGAAAAUUUUCGUCGACAGUACCACUAUCUCUACAAAGAUCGUAAACCGUUAUUUUUAAAUCCAUUAAAUGAAUGUGCAAUACCCAAAUUUGUUUGUACAACAGUUCGUCCAACAAUGUUAUCCUUUUCCGAAUUAACAGAAUGGUCAUCAACAGCCGAUUUUGUUGCCAAUCAUUUGAAUUAUGAAUUACUUGAACCACCAAAUGAAAUUCCAAAAGUACUUUGGUCAUCAACAAAAGUAUUGGCCGAACAAAAAGGAAAUUGUUUUGAUUAUGCCAAUUUACUUUGUUCACUAUUAAUUGGUGCUGGAUAUGAUGCUUACAUUGUGAGUGGAUAUGCAUCUCGAGAAAUAUGCUACAUGGACACAACACGUUUGCCAAAUCCGUUUACAAAAAAGAAGGAACAAGAAAUACUGGAUACACAAAAAUCUCAAAGCAAGAAAUAUACAGUCAAACCACCAAAGGAUUUGACUAGUAAAUAUGAACAUUAUAUGAAAGAACGUGAAAUACAAAAAGAUAAUGAUGCAAAAGAGAAAUUAAAAGAAGAAGAAAAUAAAAGAAUAGCUGAAAUAGAGAAACCAUUGCCAGAUCCUCUCUUUGGUAUUCGUGUACAUUCCUGGAUACUCGUUCUACCUGGAAAACGUGAGGUGCCCGAAGUAUUUUUCAUUGAACCAACAACAGGCUAUGCUAAAGCAACAACUGAUGAUCAAUAUCUUGGUAUUGAAAGUGUUUGGAAUCAUCAAAACUUAUGGGUGAACAUGCAAGACUGUUCAAACGGAUGUGUGGGUUUACAAUUUGAUUUAAAUGAUCAAUCUCGUUGGGAAUAUAUGUUUACAUACUCUUCUAAGCAAACGGCAGAUGGAACAAUAACAACUACGGCUCAGAUGCAUAAUAUGGGCAAUAUGGACGAAGAGGAGGAAAAGGUGGGUAAAAAACGGUAUCAUGCAGCCACUCUAUUAUCGAAUCAAAUUCAUUGGUUUGAACGAAUGAAAUUUUUCUUUUCAAAUCCACUUAAUUUACCAAUUGCUAACGUAUCGUGUAUACCAUAUUAUCAAAGAUAUGAUGAAAAAAUUAAAACAAGAAUAUAUGCGCGUUUUUAUAACUCAGUUAUUCCAGAUAUUACAACAUCCGACACGAGUCAGAAAGACAUAGAAUUACCACCAUCAUGGGUUAACGAAUUAGAUAUUGCACCAAAAGAUUUUCAAAGACGUUAUCCAAAUUCACGUAAAACAUAUUUUUAUAAAAAGACCCGAGUUGAAAAAUAUGCACCAUAUAGUAUGAAAGAUGGUAUUGUAUUAAAAGUAUCCGAAUAUGCUGAUUAUGAUUUUAAAGAGCUCAUUUAUGUUACGCACAAUUACGAGCAUCGUCAUGAUAAACUUGAUGUACGUGAACAUGAUAUUAGAAUAAAUACUGUUUAUGAAAAACAUCGACCUGGUAGACCAGAUCAUUUAAAAGAUCACACGUACGGCUUCGGUGUUGAUACCGAGCGAACGAUGAUAUUUUAUAAUAAAGCUCGCCUCGAUGGUUUAUUUAAACGACAUGAAACACCACUUGAAUUAACUGACUAUUUCAUCGAUCGAAGUGAUUUUCUUGAAUAUAGAAAAGCUGUAUUUGAAACACGGCAAAAGAAAUUUGGACCAGCUGAUAAAGAACAACGUUUGUACCAUUCCAUCACCGAACGUUUUCGACGAAAUCUCGCUCUCGAUGCCAAUGAUGAUAUAUAUGAAAUAGUUUAUGCAAUUAAAGAUGAUAAAUUUAACAUCACUUAUCAUCGAGAAAAUAUUCAUAUCACACCAUCGACACGAGUUUAUGUUAAACCACCAAAUUGGUCUGAUAAAACGUUUACUUUAAAAUGGAGUGAAGAUUUACACGAAACAUAUCAAGCUGACGAAGAUUUUAAACAAAUGUCAAAACGUGAUCUAUAUUUUAUGAUGAUGAAAUUAAUUAAACAAGAAGAAGAUGUCAUUAAACGUGUAAGACGAGCAGAAGAUGAGACUCGUGAUAUACUUGCUCGUCGUCAACAAGAAGAUUUGUCAAGUGAUUUAGAUGUAUCCAUCUAUGAUACGGAUAGAAAUGAAAAGUCAAAAACUUAUAGAAAAUUAUUAAAACAAAAAGCGGAUGAAGAACGAGCAAAACGUGAAAUACGAGAAGUAGAUUAUUUAGCACCAUUUAUUGCUUCAAUUGGAAAUCCAGAUCGUAUCAAUUUACAACAAGCAAAUCAAUUAAAAGAUGCAUGUAAACGAGAUCUUAAAGAUCGUCUUGUUAGAAAAGCAAAUUUAAUGCAAUCACGAUACGAAACAGAAAUGAAUGAUUUAAUAUCAAAACAACAAUGGUAUCAAAAAAAUCAACAUGAUAUGUCAAAAGAAGAUGAACUUGAAUAUCAAAGACUUUGUCAAGAGGCACAAUUUCGUUUACACAUAUUAGAAGAACGUUUGAAACGGCAUAAAGAAUUAGCUACCGUGAAGUAUGCUCAAUUAGAUUCAAAACUGAACGAAGAUCCACGUUUGCGAGAACCAUAUAUUAUAAACAAGUAG